AUGUACGAAGUAAUAACUAAGAAACACCCCACUAGAAAAUCCAAAAUUGUAUCUGAAAGUAACAUACAUUUAAGACCAGAAGAUGUAAGUAGGAUCAAAGCUUUCCUGCAAAGUAUAGACCGUUACGAUGACGAUUCCACACGGAUGAAAGACCCAAGUCGGUAUUGUCGGUCAUUUCACAACUGCCAUGAAUGUGUCAAAAGUAUGUGGUUUCCCUGUGGUUGGUGCCAUGAGACUGGAUGUACAGAGAAUACUGAGAAAAAAUGUCCUUCAAAUAUAAAAGACAUCAAAAGAUCUAAUACAACUGAAGAAAAAAAUACUUGUCCGCAAUUAGUACAUAAUGGACCUCUUUUAGUCCCUGCUGGCGUUCGUAAGAAUGUUGAGGUAAAAAUUUAUGUCCCAGAUCCUAUACUUUAUGAAAAAGAAAUUGUGUGUCUUAUCAAAUUGAAGCAAAAAAUAACUCACCUUAAAGGAUUAAUCGUGGGUGAUCAAGUAUAUUGCUUUGAUAUAAUGUUACGAGUUGACCAUUUAGAAUUUGGUGAUACUGAAACUGGCACUCUCAAAGUUAUUUGGGGUGGUGCACAGCCGUAUUCAAAUGAAAUCCCACUAAUUGUGUAUACAUGCGAAACAUUAGCUGUAGACUGUGACUCUUGUCGAGGAAUUCCAGCCACAUAUGGAUGUGGCUGGUGUGACGCUACUAAAACUUGUACCAUAGCCGACAAAUGUGGGUCCGAAUUAAUGAAAUGGACUCUAAAUAGACUGACUUGUGAACCUUACGGACUCCCAGUACCUGCUCCUGUCAGAAAAGCCGAAGAUCAGUUACCAGAUCAGAAGACAGUUUGGAAACAGCUGGAAGCUAAGCUCACCAACGCAGUUCAAAAAGGAAAGGACGUUCAAUAA